AUGGGUGAUUACGAAAGUACAGCUAUUUUGUCUGUUUAUGACAAGACAGGUCUUUUAGACCUUGCUAAGGGCUUAAGUGAAGCUAAUGUGCGUAUCUUAGCCUCUGGUGGUACUGCACGUAUGGUGCGUGAAGCUGGUUUCCCAGUUGACGAUGUGUCGAGUAUUACACAUGCACCUGAAAUGUUGGGUGGUAGAGUGAAGACUUUACAUCCAGCAAUUCAUGGUGGUAUUUUGGCUAGAAACUUGGAACAAGAUGAAGAGGAUUUACAAAAGCAACAUAUUGAUAAAGUCGACUUUGUUGUUUGUAACUUGUAUCCCUUUAAAGAAACUGUAGCUAAAGUUGGUGUUACUGUAUCAGAAGCCGUUGAAGAGGUUGAUAUUGGUGGUGUCACAUUGUUGAGAGCUGCAGCUAAAAACCAUGCAAGAGUAACUAUUUUAUCUGAUCCUCACGAUUAUCCAGCCUUUUUAUCUGAAUUGAAAAAGGGUAAUGGUCAAGUGAGCCAAGAAUUGAGAAACCAUUUAGCAUUAAAGGCCUUUGAACACACUGCCGACUAUGAUAAUGCAAUUUCUGAUUUCUUCAGAAAGCAAUACUCUGAAGGUAAGUCUCAAUUGCCUCUACGUUAUGGUGCAAACCCACACCAAAAACCUGCUCAAGCUUUUGUUACACAACAGGAAGAAUUACCUUUCAAAGUCCUAUGCGGAUCACCUGGUUACAUCAACUUGCUAGAUGCAUUAAAUUCAUGGCCAUUGGUCAAAGAAUUAUCAGCAUCUUUGAAUCUACCAGCUGCAGCUUCAUUCAAGCACGUCUCACCUGCUGGUGCAGCUGUUGGUCUCCCACUAUCAGAUGUUGAGAAGCAAGUUUAUUUUGUCUCCGAUAUUGAGAACUUGUCACCACUAGCUUGUGCCUACGCUAGAGCUCGUGGUGCUGAUAGAAUGUCCUCAUUUGGUGACUACAUUGCUCUUUCAAACAUCGUCGAUGUGCCUACUGCAAAAAUUAUCUCUAGAGAAGUUUCUGACGGUAUCAUUGCCCCCGGUUUUGAGGAAGAAGCUCUAGCUAUUUUGAAGAAGAAGAAGGGUGGGAAAUACUGUGUUUUGCAAAUUGAUCCUAACUUUGUUCCUGAACCAUUGGAAACCAAACAAGUUUAUGGUGUUAGUUUGCAACAAAAGAGAAAUGAUGCCAUUAUUAACAAAUCUUCAUUCAGAGAAAUCGUUUCCGCCAAUAAGAACUUGACCGAACAAGCAGUUAUCGAUUUGACUGUUGCAACCAUUGCUCUUAAAUACACGCAAUCAAAUUCCGUGUGCUACGCUAGAAAUGGUAUGGUUGUCGGUCUUGGUGCUGGUCAACAAUCAAGAAUUCACUGUACUAGAUUGGCUGGUGAUAAGGUUGAUAACUGGUGGUUUAGACAACAUCCAAGAGUCUUAUCCAUCAAAUGGGCAAAGGGUGUUAAGAGACCUGAGAAAUCAAAUGCAAUUGAUUUGUUCGUCACCGGUCAAAUUCCAACUGAAGAACCAGAAAAAUCCGACUACGAAUCUAAGUUUGAACAAAUUCCAACUCCAUUUACUGAAGAAGAAAGAAAGGAUUGGUCAUCUAAAUUGACUAACGUUUCAUUGUCUAGUGAUGCUUUCUUCCCAUUCCCUGAUAACGUUUACAGAGCAGUCAGAAGUGGUGUUAAGUUUAUUGCAGCUCCAUCAGGAUCUGUUAUGGAUAAGGCUGUCUUCAGCGCUGCUGAUUCAUUCCAAGUCGUCUACGUGGAAAAUCCAAUUCGUCUAUUCCACCAUUAA